CCAGAGCUGUUUCUGAAACGAGGCUACUAGGCCUAGUCAAGGGUAAAGGUAUCUGUGCAAUGCUUCGUAUAGAAAAUGACUUCAAAAGUGUUAAGAACCCUUAUACUUGGUGCCCCUGGCUGUGGAAAGGGAACGAUAGCAAGUAGAAUCGUAAGAGAUUAUGGAUUACUGCAUUUAUCUAGUGGUGAUCUACUUAGAGCUCAGAUAGCAGCAGGGACAAAAGCGGGCAACGAAGCGAAAAACUACAUCGAUGCCGGCAAUCUUGUGCCAGAUGGACCAAUGAUUGAUCUUAUUGUCGCUGAAUUGAAAAAGUUGCAGAAGAGCUGGCUACUGGAUGGGUUUCCAAGAACUGUGGUACAGGCAGAGGCCCUUCAAAAACAUCACGCCUUAGAUCUUGUCUUGAAUCUUGAUGUACCAUUUGCAACAAUCAGAGAAAGGCUAGAGAUGAGAUGGAUACAUGCACCAUCUGGAAGAGUUUAUCACACUGAAUGGAAUCCUCCAAAGAAACCUGGUCUUGAUGAUGUUACUGGAGAGCCCCUUAUACAACGAGAUGAUGAUAAGCCUGAGACUGUCACUGCUCGUCUUCAAAACUAUGAAAGACUGACUUCUCCAGUUCUAGAAUUUUAUGGGAAACUUGGAAUUUUGCAAUCUUUUCAUGGCGCAGAAUCCAAUGUGAUAUAUCCAAAGAUGCAGGAAUUCUUGAAUGAAUUUAUGAAAAAAUAUACCUGAAGGUUUUCACAUAGGUCUUGAUAACUUUUUUGAAGAACAUUUACACCUGUUGUAAUAGAUACACUUACAUUUCACACAGACAACACACCUGAUGGGGCAAUCAUACUGAGGUCUAUGGAAAUUAAUAUGCAUUUUUUAUAUUAAUUCCUUAUUAAAAAUGGGUUAAUUGUUUGAUUAAUAUUUUAUAAUAUCAUUCUUCAAACAGUUUUCAAUAUUUUUAUGCUGGCUGCUAUCAUUGUUCUGUAAUUAAUUUUUUUCAGU